AUGAAUCUAGGAGAGCAAUCUGCAGAGAAAUUUAAUAUGGAAUCUACUGGAUUAUCUACUCUAUUUGCUUCAUCUCCCUCUGCUCCUGCAGUUGUAUCUGAUGUCAAGAUUUCCAAUACGGAGAAUUUCGAUGAUAUACAAAAACCUCAUGAAAAUAUGGAAACUGAAGGACCAAUAGAUGAUGAUGAAAUAAAACGUUCUAUUUAUAUUGGUAAUGUUGAUUAUGGAACAAAACCAACAGAGUUACAGGAACUAUUUAAAAGUUGUGGGAGUAUUAAUAGAAUAACAAUUAUGAAUGAUAAGAGAACUGGAAUGCCAAAAGGAUUUGCAUAUCUUGAAUUUUGUGAACCUGAAGCAGUUGAUACGGCAUUAAAAUUUGAUGGAGCGAUGUUUAGAGGUAGACAGAUUAAGGUGUGUUCAAAAAGAAAAAAUAUCCCUGGUUUUACUCGAAACAGAGGAGGAUUUCCAAGAGGAAGAGGAAGAGGAUUUCCACUCUUUACACGUGGAGUAGGAAUUCAUAGAGGAACCAGAAGUGGUUAUUUUGCACCACAAUACUAUUCAAGAGGAAGAAAUAGCAAUGUAUUCAAUCCAUCACAAAGAAAUUUUGCCUCUCCAUAUUGA